AUGGCCCCAAAGUGCCAGAUUACUUAUGAAUCACGGGUAAUGAUAAUCACUUUGCACCAAGAAGGCAAUAGUGUCCGACAAAUAGCAAAGAAUCUGAUGAUUUCCAUCAGCGGAGUUGUCAAAACCAAACAUCGCCAUCGAGUAACAGGCUCCUUUGGAGAUCGUCCUUGCUCAGGAGCACCCCGGAAAAUAUCAGAACGCCAGGAAAAGUAUUUGGUAGUGACCAGUAAACGUAACAGAUUAAAAACUGUCCGUGAAUUUACUGCUGAACUAAACGCAACGAGGGAUACACCGGUGAGUGAGUCAACAAUGGGACGACACCUGGCGGACAACUUCCGAGAUUAUGUAGCAACAAGGAAACCACUGUUGCGCCCUGUUAACAAGAAGAAAAGGCUUCUGUGGCCUAAGACACACCAACAUCGGACAACAGGGGAUUGGAGAAGAGUCUUAUUCACUGAUGAAUCCAAGCACUUUCUUGCCUUUAUUCAUUUCUGUCGUCUUUCGACAGCUCCUUCGCACAACGACGAUACUUUCUCACAGGUAACUGCAUUUUCAGUGAGCGAUCACGUAGUGCUGCUUACCUUAAGAUAA